AAUUAGCAGCUGUGUUUGUAAGAACGGCGCACACACACACACAAAAUAAAAUAAAAAAAAAGCCCAGAAUUCCCCCCUUCCUUUUACCUUAUUUAUUUAUUUUUGUUCUCGAAACCUCCCAGGUUUCUUCGUUGUUUUUUCGGUCUCUGAGCUUGAUCUUCUCCUUUUCUUUCCUAGUAUGUAUAAAUAUAAAGCUGCUUCCUUUUGUUAACCAUAUCCGCCUAAUUAUAGCUGUUAAUUAAUUAAUGCUUCGAUCUCUGCAAUUGCGCGGUUAUUCUUGAUUCGAAGAUCACAAGAAUCAAGCUGUAUAUCUUUGUAUGUGUGAAUGGAGGGGGAGAGAGAGGAAAAAAGAGAGAAGAGCAGAGGUACGAUAAUUUAUAAUUAGAAAGAGAUGUUGUAUUUGAAGCAACCAAGCUCCAUUGUAUGCAAAUGUUGCGAUUCUUUCUUUUGAUAACUAAAUAAUUUAUUUGAUGUUGUGUUGCAUGUUAUUGUGAUAAUCUCCCUGAGCCCGGGGCUCGGGGGAGGGAGACACAGAUAGAUCUAGAAAAUAAUUCGAGAAAUUAGAGUGUGUGUGAGAGAGAGUGAUGGCGUCGUCGACGGGGAAUGAGGGAACGUCUUACUCCCCGACAAUAAGUAGUAAUAGUAGAACUGAUGAGCAAGAAGAGUUGCUGCCGUGGCCUGACCAGGUUUCUAUGCAGAAAUUCAAGCUUUAUAAGACUCAAUCGAAAUUUUACAUGGUAGGAAGGGACAAGACUAGGAUGUAUUGGAGAGUUCUAAAGAUUGACCGACUUGAUCCUUGCGAGUUAAAUAUUCGUGAAGAUUCUACAACGUAUACGGAGAGUGAAUGUUAUGAUCUGUUGAGGCGGGUACAUGAAGGAAACAAUGCUACCGGUGGGCUUAAAUUUGUCACUACUUGUUAUGGAAUUAUUGGGUUCAUCAAAUUUCUUGGACCAUACUACAUGCUACUUAUAACAAAAAGAAGACAAAUUGGUGCAAUCUGUGGUCACAACGUAUAUGCAGUCUGCAAGAGUGAGAUGAUUCCACUUCCAAAUUCCACUGUACAGUCUAGUAUCAGCAAUUCUAAGGAGGAGAACAGGUACAAGAAGCUUCUAUGCACAGUGGACCUAACAAAGGACUUCUUUUUUAGCUACUCAUACCAUGUUAUGCGUAGUCUUCAAAAGAACUUGUGUGAUACCAGGACAGGCCAGGUCCCAUAUGAAACAAUGUUUGUCUGGAAUGAGUUCUUGACUCGUGGCAUCCGAAAUCACCUUCAAAAUACUCUGUGGACAGUUGCUUUAGUGUAUGGAUUCUUUAAACAGGCCAAACUUUCUGUAUCCGGGCGGGAGUUCAAACUUACCCUAAUUGCAAGACGUUCACGUCACUAUGCUGGUACUAGGUAUUUGAAACGUGGGGUAAAUGAGAAGGGCAGAGUGGCUAAUGAUGUUGAGACAGAGCAGAUUGUUUUUGAGGAUGUUCCCGAAGGAUUUCCCAUGCAAAUAAGUUCAGUUGUCCAGAACCGUGGUUCCAUCCCACUAUUUUGGUCACAGGAAACCUCACGUUUGAAUAUUAAACCUGAUAUUAUAUUGUCAAAGAAGGACCAAAAUUAUGAAGCAACAAGACUUCAUUUUGAAAAUCUUGCAAAGAGAUAUGGAAAUCCCAUUAUUAUUUUGAACUUGAUUAAGACACAAGAGAAGAAACCUCGAGAGUCAAUUCUUCGUGCAGAGUUUGCUAAUGCUAUUGAUCAUAUUAAUAAAAAUUUAUCUGAGGAGAAUCGUCUAAGGUUCCUUCACUGGGAUCUACACCAACAUUCUAGAAGCAAAGCAACAAAUGUUUUAUUACUUCUGGGAAAAGUGGCUGCAUAUGCUUUGACGCUAACAGGUUUCUUUUAUUGUCAAGCAACAUCGGACUUGAAACUUGAGGGUUGUAUGGAUUCACCUUUCACUGAGCAUGCUGAGAAUGGCAACUUAACGUCUCAGUAUAACAGUAACAGCUAUAAUGAGGAUGGCAACAACUUAGAGGAGAAAUCUAGUGGAGGUAACAAUGCUGUUAAUGGAAACCAUUCUAUCAAGCGCCCAAUGUUCCAGAUGGGUGUGCUCAGGACCAAUUGCAUAGAUUGUCUUGAUCGCACAAAUGUUGCACAGUAUGCAUAUGGGCUGGCUGCUCUUGGACACCAGCUUAAUGCCUUGGGUGUUAUAGAUAACCCUAAAAUAGACCUUGAUGUGCCUUUGGCUGAUGACUUGAUGGGGUUUUAUGAGAGAAUGGGUGACACACUUGCGCAUCAGUAUGGUGGCUCCGCUGCUCAUAAUAAGAUAUUCUCUGAGAGAAGGGGUCAGUGGAAGGCUGCAACUCAGUCCCAGGAGUUCUUCAGAACCCUUCAACGGUAUUACAGCAAUGCAUACAUGGAUGCUGAGAAACAGGAUGCAAUUAAUGUAUUCUUGGGGCACUUCCAACCACAACAGGGUAAACCUGCACUCUGGGAAUUGGAUUCUGACCAGCAUCACAAUGUUGGAAGGAAUGGGCAAACAAACGUGGAUGAAGAUGCAAGGUCUAUUUUCAAAAGGUCCUUAUCUGAUGGAAAUAUUCUUCGGGAAAAUCACUCACCUUUGUCAGCUAUGAAUGUCAAGCAGCAGAACUUUUGCAGAUCAGCUUUUCCAGAUCAAUUUCAAGAGGAAAACAAUGUUAUUUCAGAAUCAUCACCUGAAAUAUCUACUUGUGAAAGUGAUAUAGCAUUUUCAAGGUACACUCCCUUAAUGCCUCGUAGGCAGCUUUUUGGAGAUCUGCAAAGAGAUCGCUAUCUGGAAAGUGAUCAAGUUUGUUUCUCUGAACAUGGAGAUACAUUUAAUUGCUCAAACUUUGUUGAUAUAGACUGGCUGUCUUCCUCUGGAAACUCAUGCGAAGAAGAGCCAUUUGAGAGGUCAUCGUUGCUCACAAACUCUCCAAUUUGUGGUCUGUCAUCAGAAGAUGUUGCCAAUGGAAUAAUGGGUGAAACAACCCCAUCCACAAGUGAAUAUGGUGGAUCCAGCACGAAGGAAAUUCAGCGAACAGGAACAGAGCUAUCGUAUAGUAAUCCAGCAAAUUCCAACUUGCUCGAGGAGUUUUCAGAUAGCUUUGUGAACUGGGUAAACCAUGGGGAGGCGCUGUGCAAUUGAAGCUGAGCUCGUUUUCCUCUAAAUUAUCAUAUAUAUCUCAACCUCAUCGGGUUCAUCCUGCUCUUAAGAUGCAUUUCAAAUGAUGUAGAGAGGUUGCUGAGAGAGAAAUGGAAGGGCUUGCAUCGGCUUUCUUCUGUAAAAUAUACGCACAAGUUCUCUGGUGACUCGUGGCAUCGUGGGAACCUCGGUGGAACUUGAUACCAAAGUACGAAAGAGUAAAUAGCCAACAGUUGAGACUUGAAAGGAUAUUCUUUUUGGAGCUUUUCCUUUUCUUAACCCCUUACUAGCUGGACUUGGUAGGUUUCAAUCUUGUAAAUAUCUUAACUGUGCUCGUUGAGAGCUCCUCCGUGUUUAGAAGAAUUGAAGAUAAUUGAUUCUUUAUUA